AUCCGCAAGGUUAGGUAGAUAGCAAGCCUCUAGCAUCAACAACAUAUGCUUGAUUUGCCGUGACAGGACUUGAGUCGCGAUCCAAACAAGAUGCUCAGACAAAUCCGUGCUAGCAAACCGCGCAAUGCCCGAUCCAAGCGCAUCUUGGAAAAGAAGGCGCCAAAAGCCAUUGAGAACCCCAAAUCGGCCCUGUUCCUCCGGGGCACGAGCUGCAGCCAAGUUGUCCAAGAUGCCAUUACCGACAUCUUCUCCAUGCGGCAAACACUUGCGAAGAAAUUCACCAAGAAGAACCCAAUACACCCGUUCGAGGACCCAAGCUCGCUCGAGUUCUUCUCUGAAAAGUGCGACACCAGUCUCGUCGUCUUCGGCUCGAGCAGUAAAAAGCGACCGCACACCCUCACCUUAGUGCGUAUGUUCAACCAUAAGGUGCUUGACAUGCUAGAACUUCACCUUGAUGCCGACUCGUACCGGCGCACGGCGCAGUUCAAGACAUCCAAGUUCACCAUUGGCCUGCGGCCUCUGAUGGUGUUUGCGGGAGCUCAAUUUGAGAGCACGGUCCAAAACGAGUAUACUGCUGCCAAGAGCCUCCUUCUUGACCUGUUCCGUGGCGACAGCAGCUCAGAUAAGAUAGACGUCGAGGGCCUGCGGUACGUCAUCGUGGUCACCGCCGAGGACAGCCCUGCGACUGCUGGGUCUGGAGAUGGAUCUAAGCCAGCACUCCAUCUGCGAGUUUACAUGAUCAAGACAAAGAGGAGCGGCGAGAAGCUUCCAAGGGUGGAAUUGGAGGAGAUAGGUCCACGCAUGGACUUUCGCCUGGGUAGGCUGCGCGAAGCCGAUGAGAGCAUGCUUAAAGAGGCCAUGAAGAGACCAAAAACAAGUGAAGAAAGGACAAAGAAGAACAUAUCGACCGAUUCUAUGGGAGACAAGAUGGGCCGUAUCCACCUCGGAAAGCAGGACCUUGGUGACCUGCAAACGAGGAAGAUGAAGGGUCUCAAGCGGGACCGCAAGGAUGCCAACCAUGAGGCGUCACCGUCCCAGCCGGCUGGUGAUCAUAAGAACAAGAAACCUAAAACAGCAUAGUGUAUUUCCAAUAACCUCUACUUCACCUUUGAUCAAGAGGAACGUAUUUACCCGUUGUACAUGAUAGUUGAUGUAUAUAUGUUUGUUGACCCCUACACAUGUAUCGUAUCGUUGGCUUUAUUAUCCCUGCAGGUGCCAUAGUCAAAUGUAAAGUCAAAUGAAAAAGAAAUUACCAAGAGCAAAUAGCUCGUACCCCACAAUGCAUUACUCCAGAAACUCCCGCCCAGGCGCCUCUGCCUGGGAACCCCAAACCACGUGAAAAACAUCGCCGCCGAGAAGGAAGGGAGGGAGGGACCUUGAAGCAGCGGAAAUAGUGGUAUACCUCAUCGGACAGUUCCAGCUGCCAAGGAUACAAAAAAAAAGGAAAAAAAAAAAAGAACGAUGUGACCAGUCGACAUGAAGAAAAAAACCAGAG